AACCCUGUGAGGUAGGCAGAGAAGCGGCGAUUGGCCAAAGGUCACCCAGUGAGCUUCAUGGCUGAAUGGGGAUUCGAACCUUGGCCUCCCACGUUUUAGUUUGGCACUCUAGUGAUCACACCACAUUGGCUAUUAGAACUAUUACUUAGUUAGUUAUUGAACUUACAUGCCUCUGCUCUUCCCCAAGGAGCCGAGGGUAGCGAACUGGCGUGCCAUUUAAAACAAAGCAAAGCAUUCUAUAAAACAGUUCAAAACAUUCCCAAAGCCAUGAACCUAAAAUCUUUAAAAUGCAAAAACAAAAAAAUCAAAUCAAACCAAACCAAACCUCAGCUCUGCCACUGAGCCAUGACCCUGUGCUGAAGAGAUCGUUCAUUUGUCUUCAGCAACCUGUCUCUCUCACUCACUAUUUCUCUCUCUCUCUCUUUGUCCUUUUCUACUUCCGCAGCAAGGAGAACUUUGAUCGCGUCCCUGAUCUGGAGUUCAAUCCAAUUAGAUCCAAAAUUGUCCAGGCCUUUUUUGACAAGAGGAACCUGCGAGAAUCAUCGGACGGGUUUGCGGAGGAGAUCAACUUCGAAGACUUCUUGACGAUCAUGUCCAAUUUCAGGCCCAUCGAGAUGGACAUGGACGACGAGCAGCUCGAUCGAUUCCGCAAGAAGAAGCUAAAAUUUCUUUUCCACAUGUACGAUGCAGACAGUGACGGCAAGAUCACUCUGCAGGAAUACAGGAAUAUUGUGCAAGAGAUGCUUUCGGGGAACCCCCACCUGGAUAAGGAAUCGGCGAGGUCCAUCGCAGACGGAGCCAUGAUGGAGGCUGCCAGCAUCUGCGUGGGGCAAAUGGAGCCGGAUCAAGUAUACGAGGGAAUCACAUUUGAAGACUUCCUUAAGAUCUGGGAAGGGAUAGACAUUGAGACCAAGAUGCACGUUCGCUUCCUGACCAUGGAGCCGAUUGCGAUGUGCUACUGACCACGGAAAAGCUGGGACUGAGGUGUUGGUGCCUUCUGGAGCGACCUGGGACGGAAACCGUCAGGCGGUCGAUACGGGUAUUAAGGGGGAACUGCAUCUCCCACGGCUGGGGCAGUUUUUUUUGCAGGGGGGCGUUGCAGGUUUAGGAGUUGAUGUGCCUGGCUUUGGCUUUACAGCUAUUUUCUCUCUCUUGUCUACACUAAAAAGCCUCAAUAGCCUCAAAUCAUCAAUAAAGCAGGUUUUGUUUUUAA